GCAAUGAGUUCAGCAUCUCGUGGACUCUGAGGGGAAACGGGCAUCAUCUCAGGUGGGGAUGGCCGUGGAGAGAGUCCUUUGUGAUCAUGUUGCUGCUUCAAGUGGUCAUUUUCUGCCUGAAGUGCGUCCUGGAACCUGCCCCCGGCCCACCGGAGUGGGGAUAUGUGUGGAACGCUGUAGCAACGAUUUCUAUUGUGGCCCUGGGGAAAAGUGCUGCAGCAAUGGUUGUGGCCACGUUUGCACAAAAGUCUUGGGAGUGCGUCCUGGAACCUGCCCCCGGACCACUGGUCCUGGGACCUGCGUGUUAGGCUGUAGCAACGAUUUCUCUUGUGGCCCUGGGGAAAAGUGCUGCAGCAAUGGUUGUGGCCGUGUUUGCAGAAAAGUCUUGGGAGUGCGUCCCGGAAGGUGCCCCCGGACCACUGGUCCUGGGAUAUGUGUGGAACUCUGUAGCAACGAUUUCUCUUGUGGCCCUGGGGAAAAGUGCUGCAGCAAUGGUUGUGGCCACGUUUGCACAAAAGCCUUGAGAGGGUCUCGCUAACCUGGACUCCAGAGGGGAUGAGCCCUUCCACAGGACCUCUCACCCUGCGCAGGCGUCCACUGCCAACUCCUUUCCUGCUUCCUUGGAUGAGCAGACUCCGCUUUGGCAUGCAAUGCAACCUUGUACUGAACACGCUCACCCAAUAAAAAUGAUAUGAGUUUCCCAGCAACAUGAGCCUCAGCUUCAGCCUUCAUGUUACUGGGGAGACAAAGGGGAAGAUUACUGGUCUACUGUGGAUGUACAGCAUUGUGUAAAUGGGAUGGAAACUGGUUCAUCUGAC